CUUCCAUUCCACUCUUUAAAAAUCAAUGGGAAAAUGUCCUUGGGUGAAGAUUAACAACAACAAAAAGUUUGGCUGGUUUCUCUUUACCCCAGAAGGCCCUUUGCCUAGCUAGCGGAUGGCUUGUUCCCCCCCGUCAGUCUCCAAACUUGAAAAUGCCACAGGCAUAAAAGCGCCCACUGGUCUCUACUUAUUCAGGGAGGACUAGUCCAUCUCUCAAAUUUAAUUCUCUUGACCUGUGCACCCACAACUCUCUAGUAGUUUUAAGGAAAAAUAAAAUAUUUUAAAAUAUUAAAUUUUUUCUAGUGUUCUCUCAGUGUUUAUUGUAGGACCAAUGAUCUUUUGCAACUUUCUACAGCCUACCUGGAAAUAGAAUCAAGAUGAGCAUUUUUUCAAAAAACGGAAUUUAGACUAUUUUUAAAAAUAUUAGUUAACCUGUUAGGAGUAAGAGGAGUCUACACUUUAAUUCUUCUCCCAACACAAAUCACAAAAACCUUUAUUUUAUGUUGUGGCGCAAUGUCAAGCACUAAAUUCAAUCAACUAAAAUUUUAAUUUGAUCUCUCUUUCAGGAUACCAACCCUGGUGGCAGGUAAACUCUGAUUUUUUUUUUCCUUUUCACAAUAUUCCAGAUUUUGAAUAUUUGAAUGUCCCGUCAAGAUAAUACCAAAUGGCAUCACCCAAGCAGUAGAACGUUCCUCUAACGCGCAUCGAAACAUGAUCCACGGCACAUCUGGGAGAACGUUUUUCCUCGAUGCCGCUAAUCAGAACUUGGCUGCGAUCCCACCGGGGAUCCUAGAAUUAAGAGAAUUAGAAGAGGUGCACCUGGAAAAUAACGACAUCGAGGAGAUCCCCCAGGAGAUCCAGUACCUGGAGAACAUCAAAGUCCUCUACCUGAACAAUAACAGGCUGAGCAAGCUGUGCCCGCAGCUGGGAAAGCUGCGCCGCCUGGAGGGCCUGGACCUCAGCGACAACCCCAUCCUCCCCUCCUGGAUCCCGGUGCUCAGCAGCAUCCGCUCCCUGCGCCAGCUCCGCCUCUACCGCACCCAGGUCCGGGCGAUCCCCACCGACAUCUGCAAGCACCUGCACCACCUCGAGCUGCUCGGCCUGUCGGGAAACCGCCUGAAGUCUCUGCCCAAGGAAAUCGUGAACCAGACCAAACUGAGGGAGCUCUACCUGAAGCAAAACCAAUUUGAGGUUUUCCCGCCCGAGCUCUGCGUCCUCCACAACCUGGUGAUCAUUGACCUGGAUGAGAACAGGCUGACGGCGCUCCCGGAGGAGAUCGGCAGGCUGACCCAGCUGCAGAAGUUCUACGUGGCUCGCAACAGCCUGCAGGGGCUGCCCGAGUCCCUGUGCCAGUGCGACAAGCUGUCGGUGCUGGAUCUUUCCUACAACCGCCUCCACUCCCUCCCGCGCACCCUGGGGAGCCUCUCGGAGAUGACGGAGGUGGCGCUGAGCGGGAACCCGCUGGAGAAGGUGCCGCGCCUGGUCUGCAAGUGGACCGCGCUGCAGCUGCUCUACCUGUGCAACGCCGACCUGCGCUCGCUGCGCCGCUCCUUCCGGCGCCUGGUCAACCUGCGCUUCCUGGACCUCAGUCAGAACCAAAUGCAAGGCUUCCCCAUGCAGAUCUGCUCGCUGAGGAACCUGGAGAUCCUGGCGCUGGAUGAUAAUAAGAUAGGGAAGUUACCUUCAGACUUCGGUGCACUUUCAAAACUGAAGAUACUUGGACUAAGUGGGAAUCAGUUAAUUUCAUUUCCAGAAGAAAUCUUUUCUUUAGAGUCCUUAGAGAAAUUAUACAUUGGGCAAGAUCAGGGAGCCAAGCUCACCUCUGUGCCAGAGGACAUUGGGAAACUACAGAGUCUUAAGGAGCUGCAUAUAGAAAACAACCAUCUGGAGUACUUGCCAGUGGCCUUGGGAUCAAUGCCUAACCUGGAAGUUCUUGAUUGCCGCCACAAUCUGCUUAAGCAGCUUCCAGAUGCCAUCUGCCAAGCACAAGCUUUGAGAGAAUUACUGCUUGAGACAAACUUGCUCACCCAACUUCCAGAGAAUUUAGAUAGUCUAGUGAAUCUCGAUGUUCUGACGCUGAUGGACAAUCCUAUGGAAGAUCCCCCAGAAGAAGUGUACACCGAAGGCAAAGAGGCUAUCUUCACAUACCUUAAGAAUAAAAGACAUAUGAAAAUAGUAGCAACAAAGAUUCAAUCCUGGUGGCGUGGAAUGAUGGUACUGAAAGGAAUUGGGAAAUUUAGUGAACUGUUAAAAGUGCGAAAGAAAGGAAAGAAUUCUCUAAAAUCUAAGUCAGGAAAGAAGGGUGGAAAAGAAAAACCUGCAAAGGAAAAGAAGAAAUAAUUUUGUAUAUUAAUGACUUGAGGUAAUGAACCCUGAUGGAUUAAGAAGGCAAAAAUAUAUAGGAAUUAGAUGCCCACCGCAUUAAAAUUAUUCAUUAAAUUAUG